AGCAUGCACUAGCAAUAAAGAAUUGAAGCUUUCAGCUAGCGCAUCCUUUUUAAUGUAUACCUAAGAAAUACUAGAAACUUAUGAAUGAAAACGCUUAGAGCUAAAUUUCUGCUAAUGCCUCAGAAUUAUGACCUUUUUUCAUCUUAAUUUAUUAUUAAACGAAAAGUUCUUCAGAGCCAAUGGCCGUCUCCAAUCCUAAUUAUUUAGUCAAUAAACAAUAGAUUUUCAUGCUGUUACCGACAUAGAGAUCAUCCAAUUGUUAUUAAAAAAAGAUGUAUAAGUUUUCUUGUCUGCUCUAUUUUUUCUUGUAUUUACAUAAAUGCACUCUUUCAUUACCGGAUUGAGGACCAAAGAAAAAUCUCUAAAGCACUCCGUUAGUACUUGCUUGGGAUUUUCUAUUGAUGCUUACGCUUUGGCUUCCGCCUGUGUUUCCUUAUUAUUAACAUUUAUUCUCUUCCUUGGGCCUGUUGCUAAGUUUUAUUGUGAUGAUUGUUAUAUAAAUUCUAUUACUGAAGUCUUAAAAGAGGCAAGGAACUGCUUAUAUAGUUCAAAGUUUUGGAGAGAUUAUGUGGUGGCUCCCGUUACCGAAGAAAUAAUCUAUAGAGGUUGCCUUUUUCCUUUACUGGCUCCCACUUUUGGCCGAAAUUUAUAUAUUUUAAUUAAUUCAAUCUUUUUCGGAUUGGCACACUUUCAUCAUCUUUUUGAACAUCGCCACUUGCCUUGGCCCUCUUGGAAGAAGAAAUUUCAUCUAUCUAUUAUGCAAAGUGGAUUUACAUUUACUUUCGCCAUUUAUAAUACUUACUUUUACUUGUGCACAGGAAGAAUUCUCACUCCUAUUGUGAUACACAUACUUUGCAACGCUAUUGGAUUUCCUAGAUUUCAAGAAAUUGCUUCACACCCACAUCGCAAAGGAAGAAAUUAAUUCCAUAAGAAUUUACUAAGCAAAUUAGGAUUCUUUGCGCAUUGUUACUAGGAUGCU